AUGUCUUCAGACCUAUCCUCCCCCACGCUAUCGCGCUCUUCAAGCCGCUCAUCGAAAGGCCGGAGAACGCCGCUGUCACUCGAUCUCUCCGACCUCCCACCACUCGUCACGCCCUCACCCCCGUCGAAUACUCUUCUGAUCACGAACCUACAGAACCCCGCCAUCUUCUCCACACCCAACCUCAUAACCAUCCGAGACCUAAUAAACCAACACGCGCCAAUCCACACAUGGGCGCCCCUCAAAUCCUUUCGCCGCAUAGUCACCUCUUUCUGGUCAACCGAAGAUGCCACGACCAUCCGCAAGCUCCUUGACGGGGAGGCGAUCAUGGGUGACCGCAUCCGCGUAUACUUCGGCCAACCUACACCACUAGACGCACCAGACCAGCACCUACACCUCCCGAAAUCAGACAAGUUAUUCUUCAUCUCUCCACCGCCGUCCCCGCCGCACGGAUGGGAGAUGCGCAACGAGGACCCCCCGAACAAGGAUGUCCACGCUGAGGACCUAGCAUCGGCGCUGGCAAAACUACAUGCGAGGCCAGAUGUGCCUAGCCCGACAUCACCGGAGGGCAACCCCGAGACAAAACUUAGCAAGAACGGGAGCAGGAACAGGAGCGGCAGUCUGAUUGUAUGGGACCCGCAAGAACACGGGCGGUCUCCGGAUCUGCCAGCUAUUUCAGUAGAGGACACAACCCACAGUCCCGUAGAGCUGAGUCCGGUGUUGGAAGGAAAGCCGAUAACUCACACCAUGAGGCCGCCGGUGGAGCUGAUGGAGGAGUAG